CCAUGGUUAAACACCCAAACGGCAUCAUUUAUCUGUUUUCUUCUUUUCGUACACUAAAAGGCUCUACCGGAAAACCAUAGUUAGUAAGAAAGGAAGCGAGGAAAACCAUGUCUUCUGCUAUAGAGUAUACUUCUCAAGACAGUCAUAGCCAUGAAGAUAACAACAACGAACGGCUAGAUUUGAAUUUAAUACUCCAGAUGAAACCAUCGGCUUCAAAUUUGUGGCUUCCUAAAGAAACGUUUCUCAGAGCAGCCAUUUCCCUUAAAAACAAGGUGGUGGAAAUGACGUGGAACGGAAGUUGCAGUACGGAUAGGAGUGCGGUUGUUGACUCGACAGUUUAUUCGGGUUUACUGGGAACGGCUUUCACCUGUUUACGCUCGUAUGAGUUUACAGGUAACCAGCAAGAUUUGUUAUCAUGCUCUGAGAUCGUCGACACGUGUGCCGCUGCAGCACGUGCAUCAUCUAGGCAUGUCACCUUUUUAUGUGGUAGAGGAGGAAUAUAUGCCCUUGGAGCCGUGGUAGCCAAUUACAAAGGAGACCAACACGGACGUGACUCAUAUUUGGACCUCUUCCUUGAGGUAGCUCAUGAGCGAGCCCUCCCAAUUGGACCUGAGGAAGGCGGUUUUGGAAUGUCAUAUGAACUUAUGUAUGGGCGAGCUGGUUUCUUAUGGGCAGCUUUAUUUAUAAACAAGUAUCUUGGGGAACAGACAUUGCCGAGUGAGAUUCUGCUGCCAAUUGUUGAUGCUGUGUUAGCGGGAGGCAGGGCAGGAGCAUCUGAUAAUCCAGAAUGCCCAUUAAUGUAUAGAUGGCAUGGUACAAGAUAUUGGGGUGCAGCCAAUGGCCUUGCUGGAAUCUUGCAAGUGCUACUUCACUUUCAACUCUCAAAUGAGGAUGCUGAGGAUGUUAAGGCAACUUUAAGGUACAUGAUGAGUAAAAGGUUCCCUCGUAGUGGAAACUACCCUUCAAGUGAAGGAAACCCUAGAGACAAAUUGGUGCAGUGGUCUCACGGUGCCACUGCCAUGGCCAUUUCUCUGUGCAAGGCAUCUCAGGUGUUUUCGAACGAUAGGGAAUUCCGGAGUGCAGCCAUAGAAGCAGGGGAAGUUGUAUGGAAGAGUGGGUUAGUGAAAAAGGUAGGCCUUUUUGAUGGUAUUGCUGGAAAUGCAUAUGCUUUCCUUUCGCUUUACCGUCUUACAGGAGAGAGCAUAUAUGAAGAGCGAGCAAAAGCAUUUGCAAGCUUCUUAUAUCACAAUGCAAGUAAAUUUUCAACCGGAGCUGACCAUGUCUACUCGCUUUUUCAAGGACUUGCUGGAGUUGCUUGCCUUUGGUUUGAUAUUCUUGCACCUGAAAGGUCUAGGUUUCCUGGAUAUGAGCUUUAGGUUAAGUGAGGAGGAAAUUUUUCUACUGAAUUUUUAGUAUGAAGUGUAAACAUAACAUUGUGUAUGUGCAGCCAAGAUCUCUAAUUAAAAGUGUAGAAGAGACCUUGGAAUGUAGUUUUUAUCCCAAGCCUUUUCUUUCUGAAAAAAUUUGGUUCGAAUCACAUGAUGUCCAUAUUUAGAUUGAGAGUGACAUUCAGGAGAUACAUUCUUAGUAGUGAUAUGACUACAAGUUUUUGAAA